AUGAGGAGGAAGCUAAUCAAGGAUGCCAAACACUACAUUUGGGAUGACCCCUAUUUGUUCAAAAAGUGUAAUGAUGGUGUCCUAAGAAGGUGUAUAUCCCAUGAAAAAGGGCAGAAAGUAUUAUGGCAGUGCCAUGGAUCAGUAUAUGGAGGUCAUUUCAGUGGAGAAAGGAUAGCAGCAAAGGUGCUCCAAUAUGGAUUUUACUGGCCAACAGUUUUUAAGGAUGCCAAGGAAAUGGUGUCAAGGUGUGAUGAAUGUCAAAGGGCUGGUAAUCUAACCAAGAGGAAUGAGAUGCCACAGCAAUACAUACUAGAGCUGGAACUAUUUGAUGUAUGGGAAAUAGAUUUCAUGGGACCAUUCCCAAACUCAUACUCAAAUAGCUACAUAUUGGUGGUUGUCGAUUAUGUUUCAAGAUGGGUAGAAGCUAUAGCUACUGGAAUAAAUGACAACAAGGACUGGUCUAGGAAGCUAGAUGAUGCUCUAUGGGCCUACCGGACGGCCUUCAAGACUCCCAUUGGGAUGUCACCAAACCAACUAGUAUUUGGCAAGGCUUGCCACUUACCAGUUGAACUGGAGUACAGAGCCUUCUGGGCUCUAAAACUACUCAAUUUUGAUGAGAAAGCUACUGGAGAAAAGAGAUUAAUGCAACUCAAUGAACUGGAAGAGUUUAGAAAUCAAGCAUAUGAGAAUGCAAAAAUCUAUAAAGAGAAUACAAAAAGGUGGCAUGACCAAAAGAUAGCAAGGAGAGAGUUCACUGAAGGGCAGAAGGUGUUACUCUACAACUCAAGACUCAAGUUCUUCCCUGGGAAACUUAAGUCUCGAUGGUCAGGACCUUUCACCAUACUCAAAGUAUUUCCUUAUGGUCAUGUGGAGCUCGUGGAAGACAAAACUCAGAGAACUUUUUCUGUCAAUGGCCAUAGACUCAAACACUACUUGGGAGGCUCCUUAGAGGAGCAGAGAGUGAGCUACAAGCUCAGCUAA